GUCUGGUGGGCAGGAGGUGAGACUGAUGCGGUGUAGGGCUAGCGUAGUAGGGAGUUAUGUCUUUGGAAUCUCGCCCGAGUAAUGCUCUUUUCAAACGAAAAGAGCAACUAAAACGUUGGGAAGACUCGGAAACCAAUCGUGAAACCACAGAAACACCAGCGAACAAGCUACGACGGAUAAAGUUUAGCGAUGGAUGCGUUUUUCUGGCUGCGUGUGCUGCCGGGGACACUGAUGAGGUAGAGCGUCUGCUCUCCAGAGGUGCCGACAUCAAUACUUCGAACGUCGACGGCUUGACUGCCUUGCACCAGGCAUGUAUCGACGACAACAUGACCAUGGUCGAGUUCCUCGUCGAACACGGCUGCAACCUCAACCUGGGCGACAACGAGGGUUGGACUCCGCUCCACGCAACAGCCUCGUGCGGAUUCGUCAGCAUAGCCAGGUAUCUUAUUGAGAAUGGAGCAAAUGUCGCCCUUGCGAACAAUGACGGCGACCUCCCCAUUGACAUUGCUGAGUGUGAAGAGCUGGAGGAACUCCUACAAGAAGAGAUAGACAGGCUCGAUGUAGAUUGUGAAUCUGCUCGCACUGAAGAAGAGCGUGUGAUGCUGGAAGAUGCAAAGCAGAUGCUGAACAACCCAAGGGUGCAGGACAAGAUUCACCCAAAGACAGGAGCCACCUCCCUUCACGUGGCUGCGGCAAAGGGCUACCAUAAGAUCAUGAGCCUGUUGAUCCAGGCGGGCGUGGACCUGAAUGCACAGGACAACGAGGGGUGGACGCCCCUGCACGCAGCGGCCCACUGGGGACAGAAGACCGCGUGCCGCAUUCUGGCGGAGCACCUUGCCAACAUGGACAUCACAAACUACGUGGGGCAGACGUGCUUCGACAUUGCAGACCCCGAAGUCCUUCUCACGCUGGAGGAGUUGCGCAAGAAGCAGGCCAGCAUGCAGAAGGAAAGGCCAGAAAUCCAAGAAAUCCUGGAACGCAAGGCGCAGAAACCGCCGUUGAAACGACGCACGUCAGUCAUGAGGAUGAGCCUGGCCGACAGGAACAGCGUAGUUGACAAGGAUAAGUCCUCGGAGCGAUCGGCCAUUGAAGCGCAGUACCACCUUGCUAAGGUCGAGGAAGACGUUGAGAGAAGUUCCCAGGAAAGGGAAAUCAACUCGAAGGAAGAAAUCACACGCAAGAACGAGGUUAACAAGGCCAACGUGCUGCUGGACGGCAUGGUGGAACCCUCGCUUGCUGAAAAACCGAAAGAGCCACCAAGCAACGACAUCGAUGAGGUGACUGUGGCGUUGCGUAAGCUUCGUCGCACGAGCCCUCAGCCUCCGCAAGAUGUAGAAGUACGCACCCCCAAUCCCCCGACGCAGCAGCCACUGAAAGAAGUGACACCUCCCCUACCAGAGAAAAAACCCUCACCGCCUCCAGUAGAAGAAAGGAAAAAGGAACCUAGCCCGCCGGAAGAAACUGUUACCCUGCGCAAGCGAGCACGUGCCGUGCCAGAUAACAACGAGGAGUCUUCCGCGUCGACCACAGAAAAUCCUGCUCAAGGAGCCCCGAAACGGACAUUUGUGCUGCCAGUACGUGAUGAGGAGUCCGAGACUCAAAGGAAAGCACACGCAAAGAGGGUCAGGGAGACCAGGAGGUCAACGCAGGGCGUGACAUUGGAAGACCUCAAGUCUGCGGAGCAGCAGCUGCUGAAGAAACAGCAGGAACGUGAAGAGCACAAAGAGGAUAAACCACCGCCGUCCCAAGCAGCAAAGUCGGCAACAGACGACACAGCUCAAAGACUGCUGGGGAGCUCCAAAGAGAAGGAGGAACAACCACCCACGGUCCGCGUCGUUCCGAGUAGCCCAGAGGUGGGAACGACCAUUACCCUCCCCAUACCCUCUCGAGGCCGUGUCAGCCCCAGGGGUUCCGAGGAUGCCAGUCAUACGGUGACGAUUCCUUUCCGUCCGAGGGCGUCUCCGUUUGAAGAACCGGAGCCCAAAGACACAUCUCCCCCUAGCCCAGAAGCUGGUGACAUGGACAAGGACGACUCUAGAAAUAACGGCACCGUCCAGUCGGCGGCGAUUCAGAGGCGGCGAAGGCCCAAACGAAGAUCCACCGGUGUUGUCUACCUCGAGGGAGAAACGCCUACGGAACCCACUACAGGCCAGGCGAGUACAGAGGCUUCAGAUCAGGAAAAACUGAGGCUAGACAAGCAGGACCUCAUCGGGGAUGGGCGGGCCCCUACGGACCCCCUGCGUGGAAGAAGUGGGUCGACAGGCUCUAUCGCAGACAGCCUCAAGUCAGAGUCAGAAUCUCGGCAAAGCGAUAGGCUUUCAACAAGCACGGGCAGCUUGGUGUCCGAGUCAGAGCUAGACUACAAGAAGUUGUACGAAGACCUGAAGGAAUCCCACGAAAGGCUUAAAACAAAACUCAUCAAGACAGAAGACGAACUGGACAGCACAAAGCGUCAGCUCGAGAAGGCUCUCCAAAAUAAUCGGAAUUCGUUGAGCGACACAGAAAAGAGGGAACGACGUGCAAUGGAGAGGAAAAUGUCGGAAAUGGAGGAAGAGCUCAAGGUGCUGGAACAGUUGAAGACGGAAAACGUGAGGUUGCGAGAAGAAAACGGGGCCCUCAUCCGAGUCAUCAGCAAGCUUUCCAAAUGAAGACAUCGCACACACGAACAUCUGAGGUGCCCUUUCUUGUCUGCGCCAGCCCCCCUCGCCGUCCUCCAAGGGACACUGCUUCAUCGUCACCUCGGCCGUCCCCAUACUCGUGUUGUCUUCCGACCUGAUCAGUGCCUUUGCUCCCGACAAAGGGGGAGCCUCAUCUCUUGAAAAGUCACUUUACACCUUAACCCGGGUGUCCUUGACGGCAUACAAAUUUGUGUUUUUUAAUGCCCUCAUUUUCUCGUCUUUAUCCUUACCCCCGUACUUUUUUGGUGACAGCUGCAAACCGCACACAGGCAGGAAACGCGAAGGGACCUCUCUGUGAUGUUUUAGGCCUUUUGAGUUUAGAGCCACAGGUACUGCACGUCUGCGGCACUCGAUGCAUGGUAGAGAGUUUUUGUGACUAGCUGUAGCCCAAGAUUUUUUUUUUAUUUUUUUUUUUAAGGUGCAAAGCCACGAAGCAUAAUAACCUGUGCGUAUUUGCCUCUAGUUCUCGAAGGCCAGGUUUUACCGCAGUUUCAGAAAAAGAAACAGCCUCUGGAGGCCUUUUUGGACAAUAUGUGCCUCACUUCGAAGCCUUACUUCCGUUACCUCGUAUAUCGAUCCAUUUCACUUUGCUGGAUGGAAGUUUUAAUGUUUUAUGACACGGCCUGUUGCGUGCUUUGGCAUGUUAGCUAAGUUUUAAAUUUAGUGUGUUACCGUCAUUUUAGAAAAGAAAUCUCUCUCCGUUUCUCAGCGAGGGUUUUCGGCCACUGUGGGACUUAGAAUAGUGUCGGUGCUUUUAGGGUUUCCUCAGGGCAGGUGGGUGAAACUGCCGUUUGUGUGCACGGGCAUUCGAUGUGGAACCUUCUUUUGCAGCACAUGGUUUCAUGAUUUUACUUACUGGAGGGCAAAGGGCAUAUAGUACAUGGAAGCAGUACGAGCAAAUAAAACUUUUCACCUCGCUUUCCUGUGUGCUGCAGAAUAAAAUAUCAGUCUACCACGCAGGUCUUCGUGGGGCCUUCUCCUCAUUGCAAUUUUUUUGACUCUCUGCUGCAAUGGAAUCUAGUCCUGAAAAUCGGUAUUCUCGCGCUCUUAAAUGAUGGGCCUUUUUUUUUUUUUUUUUUUUUUUUAUCGUUUAACUCUCACGUAGGGUCUCUGCGCUGUGAGGGUGUCCAGCUACAAUGCUCACCUCUUAAGAGUUGGAUGUUGGGUUGGAGAUAGAUCGUGUCGCAUGUUUUCUACGAGCAUGUGGGGCCAGUAACUUGCCCGGUCACUGUUAGUGACGAAAGGUCACACAGUUCCUUUUCUCCUACCCAUGUAGUCAGUCCAGCCCUUUUCUUUAUGUAUCCAAAACUUAUUAUUUUUCUUUCUUUUUUUUUUUUUUUUAAGUGGGAGAGAGAGCCUCAUUUUCUACUCUUUACGUCUCGCGACAAUGCAUCGCGAACGAAGCUGUUGUAUGAAAAGCUGUCCUCUUUGCCAAAUGAAUGUGUGUGUGUGCAUGUCCUUGUCAGUGUGAGUGAUUAUACGCCUGAUGCCUUUUUUUUUCCUGACUCCCUGAUUACGCUCCGUAUACAAGUACCCCGGAGGAGGAGGAGGCGUUCUUGUCGAGCCGCCUCAGUUGAACAACCGUGUCGCACGUUUGGAGUGCGCACAAUAUACUACCAUCAUUGUACAUAUCAGAACUGUGAAUACAUUUUUAUAGAGUGCCUUGGCCUGCUCUGUAAGCAAGAGUACGAAUACUUGUAACUAGUUUCCAGCGACAAGAAGAAAAGAAAGGAAAAAAAAACGUACGUGAGGUAAUACGUGUGUUGUACUUGUCGAGAGAUUACGCAAAGUUUUGGAGUUUGUAAUUGUCGUUCAUUUCUGCUUUCAGUUCUCUUCGGAGAAGAAACGUUGAGCAAAUGAUAUGGCAGAGAAAGUUUUAUGUGGUCGUAAUAUAUUUAUUUAUGGAUGGUCUACAUAUAGUUUCUUCUUUGUUGCUAUACUCAGUGGCUGUUGAGAAACAGUGUGUGUGCAUUAGCAUGCCAGAGUUCACUCGUGUGCUUGUAAUAAAAGAUAAUUUUUGUCGC